AUGAACGUCUGGCGUACAGUGAGAUUGUACUCGACGGGGGUGCCGAAGAUCCGCUGGUUCUAUUCCACGGACAUUCCGGUUUCGAAACCGAUCGGGUUCAACUAUAAACAGACCGAGCGACCGCAAAAGUUCAUCCCGUUUGCUAGCAAGGAUUCUGACAGUCUUGAGACUGUUUAUCAGAGCUGGAAGAAACAAGGACAAGAGCCCAAACCGGUGCCCGUGAACGAAGACCAGCUGUUUGAUUGUGACAUUGCCAAGAUGGUGAUGCGUCCGGUAUACUGGGACGGGCCUGUUUAUGAGAUCAGAAGAGGCCUGUGGUACAAAGAUAACACGCCGUUGUCGUCUGCGAUCUCGGAUCAGCUGGAGAAACAUUAUAGCGAGUUCAAAAAGAAGUCAGAAACGAAACAACAGGGUCCAAUUGAGAUUUUGUCGGAAGUGUCGUUGUGCGAGAAAGACGGGAAGAAAUGGCCGUUCAAGGAAGCAACCGAUUUCGAAAAGAAGGACAAGCUGGCAGUGUUUAAGGACGAACGAGAGGCUGUUCUGAUAGACAAGGAGUCGAAGUUUGGCCAGUUGCAGAUCAACAAUAUCGAAAAACUGCCGGGACAGCAGGUUUUGGGGUCUAGCACCGUGACUCGCGGAUACGAGCGAGUUCGCAACAAGGAGCCGGAAACCGCGUCUGACGAGAAGAUGGAGGAAGAAACCGACUUCUUCACGUCGUUGAUGAAGAGCUGGACAGCCGAGUCGAGCAACGAACGGUUCCAGAAAGAUAUGGAGGCAGAUUAUACAAACCCAAAACACCACGCCAAUUCCGGUGAAAGAGAGGUGGACCACCUGAUUCUGUGUAUCCACGGAAUAGGCCAGUCGUUGAGUGCCAAGUUCUCGACCGUCAACUUUGCACAUGACUGCAAUAACAUGAGAAGACAGUUUAAGCAGAUUUUUGUGAAAUACCCGAAAUACGCAGAGAUGGCGUACUCAGAACAGGAAUUGCAUGACCAGGAUAAUCAGAAGAAGCUGACCAACUGCAAGGUGCAGGUUUUGCCGAUCAUUUGGCGGUUUGACGUGGAUUUCUCGCUUAACAAGGUUUUCGAAGAGUACGACAAAGAUGGGUACCCCAGACUGCCCACUUUGGAGCAGGUGAACAUUGACUCCAUCACGCCGCUACGACACCUAGCAGCGGACGUGGUGAUGGACAUUUUGCUGUUUUACGAGCCGAAAUUCAAAGAGCAGAUCCUGUCAAGCGUGGUGAAGUCCGCAAAUUCCAUUUACGACAAGUAUCUAGAACGACACCCGAAUUUCAACGGCAAGGUGUCGCUUUUGGGCCACUCUUUGGGAUCUGCAAUUUGUCUGGACAUUCUAUGCGCGCAACCGGAUGAAAGUUCGGCAAUAGACCCGAAGAAACACCUCAAGUUCCGUGUAGAGAACUUUUUCGGACUAGGCUCUCCAAACGGGGUUUUCAAGCUGAUCGAACGCCACAACAUCUGGCCACGCGGGUCGACGGAAACCAACGAUCCAGAAACCACCAGCUCACCAAAAGUCGACAACUACUACAACAUCUUCUAUCCUACAGAUCCGGUGGCAUACCGUGUUGAGCCACUUGUGCAUCCGUUGCUUGCAGAUAUCAAGCCAGAGAUGAUUUCUUUUUCUGACGAGAACAUCAAUUCGCAGCUAAAAUCUCUUGCAGAGCUGCCUAACAACCUGAUAAACAAUCGGUAUUUCAAGCGAGCCAUCAAUUUUGCAGGAUUAGGCGACUACAAGCCGCAGGACAGCAAGUGCUACAAGCGGGGUGCUGACAAUUUAGACAAGGUGCCAGAGCAUGUGAAGAAACUAUUACAAUCGCUCAAUAGAACUGGUCGGGUGGACUAUUCGCUACCACAGGGCUACUUUGACAUUGAUCUGAUCAAUGCCAUAGGCUCCCAUAUCCAAUAUUUCGAUGAUCCAGACGUUAUUGCAUUCUUGCUGAAACAGCUGCUGCAAAAGCCGAAAAACUAA